GUUCGACGUACGGCAUAAAACGAAACCAAGGAUAUGGCAGAAGCGCCGAGCUCGCGCUCCUUGAACUGGACUGCAGGCAACCAAUCAGCCAGUCUGAGAAGGAGAUAGGGAGCACCCGGAGCAGGGUCGAGAACAAGUGGACGGCCGGACCGGACGGACAAUGGCGGAGGCCGACGAGGGGGCGGCGCUGCAGUUCACACCGACGUGGAUCGUGGCGGCGGUCUGCACCAUCCUCGUGCUCAUCUCCCUCGCCGCCGAGCGGGGCCUCCAUCACCUCGGCAAGACGCUCAAGAAGAACCAUCAGAGGCCGCUCUACGAGGCGCUCCUCAAGGUCAAAGAAGAGCUGAUGCUUCUGGGGUUCAUCUCCCUGCUGCUGACGGUGUUGCAGGGGACGAUCCAGAGGACAUGCAUUCCUCCCAGCUGGACAAACUACAUGCUGCCGUGCCAAAGACCGGGGCAGGGGCACGACGAGGCUCCUGCGGCGGCCGCCAUGGCGGCGCGUCUUGUCGCCGCCGAUAUCCUCGGUGGGAUCAGUAGGGCACGGAUGCUCAGCGAGGCUGGGGCCGAGGCCGGGCUGUGCGAAAUGGAGGGGAAAGUUCCACUGCUGUCCCAAGAAGCCUUGCAUCAGCUGCACAUCUUCAUAUUUGUUCUGGCUGUCUCGCAUGUAUUUUUCUGUGCUACAACUAUGCUUUUAGGAGGUGCAAAGAUACACAAAUGGAAAAAGUGGGAGGAAGAAAUUCAGAAAAACGCUGCAGGAAACGGAUCUAAGAAGGUGUUACCUAUGCAUCAAGUUUCAUUUAUCAGAGAACAUUAUGAGGUUAUUGGCACAGAUUCUAAGACAUUGUGUUGGCUGCAUUCAUUUCGUAAGCAGUUUUAUGGUUCAGUAGCUAAAUCAGACUACGCCGCAAUGCGUCUUGGUUUUAUCAUGACUCACUGUCGCGGAAACCCAAAAUUUGAUUUCCACAAGUACAUGAUGAGGGUUUUAGAGUCUGAUUUCAAAAAAAUUGUCGGUACAAGCUGGCGCUUGUGGAUCUUCGUGGUGAUAUUUCUAUUGCUCAAUGUCAAUGGUUGGCACACGUACUUUUGGAUGGCUUUCCUUCCCCUUGUUCUUCUGUUAGCCGUUGGCACAAAGCUGGAGCACGUGAUAGCUCAGCUAGCCUACGACGUAGCCGAGAAGCAGACGGCGACGAUCGAGGGCGAUUUGGUUGUGACGCCAUCGGACCAGCACUUCUGGUUCGGGCGGCCGCGGAUCAUCCUGCACCUCAUCCACUUCAUCCUCUUUCAGAACGCGUUUGAGCUCGCCUUCUUCUUCUGGAUACUGAUGACCUAUGGAUUCGAGUCCUGCUUCAUGGACAACAUCGGCUUCCUGGUGCCCAGGCUCGUGCUCGGGGUCGUCAUUCAGCUUCUCUGCAGCUACAGCACACUGCCUCUCUAUGCAAUCGUAACCCAGAUGGGGAGCUACUACAAGAUGGAGAUCUUCAACGAGCAUGUGCAGCACGGCGUCCUGGGGUGGGCAGAGAAGGCCAAGAAGAGAUCGGGGUUCAAAGAGGGCAGCAGCUCCCCGACCGCUGAAUCCAUGCAUGGCGAAGAUGCGGCAUAGGAUUGGAAUGGUGAGGCUAACGGGUAGCUGGGGAGGACGACAAUAAUGAGGCAGCAGUCGCAAACAGAGAGAAAGCGAUAGUGAUAGCAUGUUUCGGUUGCUCUACAGCAAUGGCUUCUACGUAUCAUACUCUCAUGUGUGGUUACAGACGAGCUGUGUAAUUUUUGCAGAUAGCUUCACUCGCACCAGCCGUAAAAGUGUAAAACACUGUUAGUAUUAUAAUACUAAUUAAUGGUAUGUAUCGAUAUCUAUAUACUCUUAUAAAGUUAAAACUCAAUUAGAUGUUUUA